AUGUUUCGGGCUACUAUUGCAAAGGCCCCUCGGCUCGCUCUUGCUCCCCGAGCCGCGUUCAGCACAACUGCCAGAGCCAUGACCGAAGGCGCAACUGGAGCUCCUCCCAAGACCGGAGGUUCUGGUGAUGCCUUCCAACGCCGCGAGAAGGCGUCCGAGGAUUAUGCUAUCCGCCAGCGCGAGAAGGAGAAGCUCCUCGAGCUCAGGAAGAAGCUUGAUGAGCAGCAGGUUCACAUCAAGAAGCUCGCUGAUCAUAUUGACGAAAUCACCAAGAACCAGGGUGGCGAGCAAAACUAA